UGUUGAUACAAACUUCCUGUUGGUGUUAUUGACCUGGGAAAAUAGAGAAGAAAAUCUUAUUUGUCCUCAGUGAAGUGGCCAUGUAACGUAAUUACCAGCCAUGUCUUAGGAGAAAUAAUGAUUUCCUUUCAUUGAGACAUGUAGUCACACUGUUUCUUGUGAGUGUACCCGUCCACAGUUCCUUGUCAUGUUUGGAGCUUCUAAUGUGCUAUAGCACAUUAUAAGGUGACACUGGACAAAAUUCCAGAAUGUCAACACCAACGCUACCAAUAAGUGGAGGCAAUGGUCACACAGGGGGAGCGGACGAUGUGAGCGUGAAGGAGCCGGAUAACUCUGAGUACCAAAAGUCUUUACAGAUUGUUCUGGGGACGGUGUGUGGAGUGUUUGGCUUCUUAGGCCUCCUGCUUCUUAUCUCUAUUCUCUAUCGACUCUACAAACGGCGUCAGGCAAGAAGGAACUACACUACAGGAUCAAGGGAGCAGAAUGAAUUAAACAGCUCUAUAACUCUAGAUCUUGAACAGAAGCAGAUACCAUCAGUGUUGCUCCUGUACGCAUAUGACUGUGCAGCUCACGAGAAAGUUGUAUCAGCACUAGCUGGCUACCUCAUAGAGACCUGCAACUGCAAUGUUCAUCUUGACCUGUUCGAAGAUCAAAUCAUUUUUGAGCGUGGAUUGGACGACUGGCUCGUGGAUCGCUUACAGGAGGUGGAUUACAUCAUUGUUCUUUGUUCGGUUGGUGCCAGACUACGAUGUACAAAAAAACGUGUUAGAUUCAAAUUUGAUCCAUGCAGAAAGAUUCCUGACUAUUUUGCUGUGGCUGUUGACUAUGUGGCAGAGAAAAUGAGAGUAGAGCGCUCUAAAGGCCUAGCCAUGUCUAAAUAUGCUGUGGUUUACAUGGACUAUUCCACAGCCAGUGACAUUCCCCAUCAGUUGGAGACUGGUGCCAAGUUCUGCCUGAUGCGGGACAUCUUGCCGCUGUUUUGUCACUUGCAUGGGACAAGUACAGAGCAAACUAAAAAUGGCAACAUAUGUUUGGGAAUAUCGGAUAAAACAUAUGACAGCUCAGAGCUAGGAACAGAGCUCAGAGUUGCUAUAGAAUCUGCAAAAGAAUUUUUUCGUUGUAAUCCAAACUGGGUUGAGGAUAGUAUGGAAUUCAUUCCCCCACCGAGUAAGUCAAAAUCUCGCCACACAAGGAAAAGCUCCUUGGAGCCUUUGUUAGGGGAUCUGAAAGUGAGUAUGCCGGAGACUGAUGACCUUCAACAGGUCAACACAUUGGUUGAUGUUCACAGCCAGACCUUGCCACGCAGUACGAAACAAACAAACUUGAAUAUGGUGGGAAGUAUACAGAAUCGUCAGAAUUCUCUCCCCUCCUCAUUGUCUAGCCAUCAGACUUUGUCUACCCCACCAAAUCACACCUCAAAAUCGUGUGACAGCUUUCAGUCGCCAUCGCUUUACAGUGGCCUGGAACAAAUGCCGUGUAUGGUUUGUGGAAAGGAGGGUGAACACAACCCCAGCACACGGUGUAAAGGGCGCCGGCUUAAUCGGCAGCUCACUCAGGACAGCGAGGAUGACAUGUCUGUCUAUAGACACAAGAGUAAAUCCAUGCCGACUGUGUGUGAUUCUAGUAUCCACAGCUCCCAGACAGUGUUUCAGGCAGAUGUCCAUAAGGAAUGGGAUGAACAUGGGGCAAAAUUGUCAGGCUCAGAAUCGCAGGAUUCCGGGUCAAACAAAGACUUUGCAAUGGAAGACCUUGAAAAGGAUCUGCAAUCCAUUAGAAUGCCCUCUAGUCUUAAAAUGGGGUCGUUUCAUUACGACAUCCCAUCCAUAGCAGUUCGGCCUAUUCCUAAGGUUACUUCACAUAUACAGACUUCACCCUCCCCCAUGCCCCACUUACCUACCGCGGCAGACGCAGCACUGCUCCUUCAGCCCCUCAAGCAAACAUUCCCCAAGGGAGACAAGUCAUCAAGUGCUAUGUCAUUGGAGGAACAGAUCUAUCAGCUGCAAGACAUCAGGUUGUGAAUUUGUAACCCUGUGUGUAUAUUAAUUGGAAUACCAGUAUGGACAUGUGUCCUGAUCAAUCCAUCUCGACUAAAAUCGAUUAUAAACAUACACUGUACAAACAUCAGGUUUAUUCUUUGACUUUGUCCUUUACACAGGGUCUUGCAUGUUUCCAAACAGGUUGUCAAAAUAGUUACUAUCAAAAUAUGGCAUUGUGCAUUGUAUUUUCAAAUUUUUAUGGUACUCAGGUAGACAGACAGAUAUAUAACUGUAACUGAAGAUAAAUCAUGUAUAUAGGAAUACUGUAUUUGAUUUCAUAUCUAGUGCUGCAACCAUACACAGCCCUCACAAUACGAUUCGUAUCGCAGUACUUGUCUCAGAUACGAUACAUAUCACGGUGCAUUUAUUUUGCACAUGAUCAGUGGAAUAUAUUAAACAGCAUCUGUUUCUGUUCCACGGAACCCGAAAUGUUUCCAAAUAUUUGAUAAGCAGUCACUCAACGAAAGCGCUUCCGCACCCCAUGCUGGUUUUGGGCGAUGCUAAUUAUUGCGCAGAAAACUGGAAAUGGCCUGAUCUGCAAAACUGUUAGCGUACCGUGCCCCAAACUGUGCCAUUAACACCGUGAUAUACGUAUAUAUCGUCCCACGGAUUACCAUUGCAGCACUACUCGUAUCUUAAAUAAUAAAUGGCUCCUGUUUUGGAAUUCUCUGAAACAUUUUCUGUGCAUUAAAUACAGCCUCUCCUGAUGUAUUAUUGAUGUCUGAUGUAAAUGUUACAUCUGUAAUUAAAUUACUGAUACGACAAACAGACUUGACACAAAUUCCAAACCCAGGGUUCAUGGAUAUGUAUAUUACCGUGUUGUGUAUAUAAAGAUAUGAAUAUAAUAUAUUAACUCUUUUGGGAUUUUGUGCCAAGUCCCUGUGGUUACCAAUAGCUAGACUAAUAUAGAUUUAAUUAUAAAAGGAGAAAAAAUAAUUACCUGGAAAGCAAAACAUUUUCUUAAAAUGGAAAACAAAUGCUUUAAUGCAUUUACCUGUUCAACAUUUUUUCUGUUUUCUGUUUCUAUCAACCAUGCAUGCCAUUCACAGAUGUUUAUGUCGCCAGAUUUGGACCCAACAUAGAUGUGUACAUACUGGUACCAGUUACAUAUGUAAUGCAGGAACACACUACUACUACAAAUAGAUAAGGUGCUUUAGUGUAUAUAUAUUGUGUAACUAAUUAACGAGACUCUCAUUAAAAAUACCUAUAUGUUGUACAUAUAAGCUGUAGGAAACCCCAAAUUGUGAUAUAUAUACAUUCAUUCUAUACUGUAAUUAGUAUUUUCUAAUCUGUAUUCUAUUGCUUUGACAAAUUAUUUUGUAAGUAUAUUACCUGUAUAUAAACUUACAAACUUGUCACAAUCUAUUAACUGUAGAUGUGAAUGUUGUAUUUGUACAUUUAUUGAUGAAAACAGUAAUUUUUCAGCAAAACAAAAUGUCUGUUGUACCUAUAUUUAUUUAACAUUUUAUUUCGCAAGUCGAAAACAUAUUAUAUGUUAUGUAAAAAUUGUGAUAUAUAUAUGUGUGUGUGUAGUGUCAUGUUUAUUUGAUGAUUUCUGUUAUCUGGUUUCUUUGCUACUGUAAAUCACUUGUAUUUUGAUUUUUGGAUUUAUUUUCAUGUUAAGAGGCAUCAAGAUCUAGAGUCUUGCAUAGUCCAUGACACGAAAAGCUCAUUUUUAGCGAAUUUAAAGUAAUAUCUAGAUCAUCGUUGAUUAUGCCGUUCAAAAAGAUGUCUCAAGAUGUAAAUUUGUAAAAUAAAAUACAGUGGAACUUCGUUAAUUCGAACUGAAUAGGACCUAGAGAAAACUUAGAGUUAUCUAAGUGUUCGAAUUAAGCGAGUUGUAAUUUUUGAUGCAAAGUUUGGUCAAUAUUUGUCAACAAAAAAAUGUAUUUGCGAAAUCUAAGUGAUCUACAAAAUGAAGCAAUUAGAUUUAGUGUUCAAUGCAUGAUGACUAUUGAUAAAGAUUAAAUUCUAUCUAAAUAUACCAAAAUCCAACAAUAAGCUAAUGUCUGCUAAUUAAGCCCACACAAUCUGAUCUACCAGAGUUAUCUCCCUCUGUUGCAAUAUAGUGAUAAGCUUGGCAGCCAGUGGGGCCAAGAUUAAGCCCAUGUAUUUCUAUUACUGCUUAGUGAAAAUGUUAACAAAUUUAUCCUUGUUUCAUAAAUCUGCAAAUUACAAUAAGUCUACCAGUUUUUAGCUCACCUGAACCGAAGGUCCGGUGAGCUUAUGGCAUGGCCCCUGCCCGUCGUCCGUCUGUCCGUCUGUCAACAUUUGCUUCAUAUCAUUACUAGUCUAAAAGUUCUCAUUGGAUUUUGCCCAAAUUUGGUCAGAAACAUCCUUGGCGGAAGGGGUUUAGAUUUUGCAUAAAUGGUGACUCGGAUCCCAAGGGGCCAGAGGGGCGGGGCCCAAUAUGGGAAA